ACAAGAAGCAAGUACUCACGCAGUAACAAGAGCGCAACGAAGAAGAAGAAGAAGAAGAAGAAGAAGAAGUAGCAAUGGUUGGUGGGAAUGGUAGUAGUAAGGACCAGCAAAAUGAAAAAGAAAAAGGAAAUGAACGAAAAAGGUUCUUCGUGGCGGUUCAUGUUGGCGCCGGUUACCACUCUCCUUCUAACGACAAACCCCUCAGGUCCGCCAUGAACCGCGCUUGCAUCGCCGCCUCUCAACUCCUUUCCAAUGGUUCAGGACAAUGCAUAGACGCUGUUGUGGCUGCCAUUCAAGUCUUGGAGGAUGAUCCAAGCACAAAUGCAGGAAGGGGCUCUAAUUUGACAGAAGAUGGCGGCAUUGAGUGUGAUGCCAGUAUCAUGGAUGGCAAAUCUGGAGCUUUUGGUGCUGUUGGAGCUGUGCCAGGUGUCCGAAAUGCUAUCCAAAUUGCUGCUUUGUUGGCCAAAGAGCAAAUGACUGGAUCUCCACUUUUGGGCCGAAUUCCACCAAUUUUCUUGGUGGGUGAAGGAGCUCGUUCAUGGGCCAAGUCGAAGGGCAUUGAUUUGCCAUCUAGUAUAACGGAGGCCAAUGAGUGGCUGGUCACAGAAAGGGCUAAAGCACAAUGGUCAAAAUACAAAUAUAUGAUUGAAGCUGCAAGAUCUAAAACAGAAGACUCUCCCAACAAAUGUUCUGGGGUAUGUGGAAGUACCGCAAUGGCAGUGGAAGAUCAAGUAAUGGACACAGUUGGAGUUAUUUGUGUAGACAAUGAGGGGCAUGUAGCAACAGGGGCCUCCAGUGGUGGUAUUGCCCUGAAGGUUAGUGGACGAGUUGGGUUAGCAGCAAUGUUCGGUUCAGGUUGUUGGGCAUCAUCAAAAGGUCCCUUUGGAUCUCCAUUCAAGGUUGGCUGUUGCGUCUCAGGUGCGGGAGAGCACCUAAUGAAAGGAUUCGCAGCUAGGGAGUGCUGUGUUUCAUUGUCGCUUUCACAGUCUGGUGCUGCCUCUGCUUGCGCCAAAGUCUUACGUGCAGUUGCUGAGGAUAGCAAUCAAAGUGGCAUAGAUAGCAAUGAUGGGAUCUUGGUUGUGCAGUCGGAUUUAUCUACAAUUGAUUCAGGAAAAUCAUCAAGGCUGAAUGCUGUGGAAAUUGCAGCUGCUUACACUUCCUUAUCCUUUGGGGUAGGGUAUUUUGGAAGCUCUAUGGAACGGCCCAAGGUUUCAAUUCUUCGGAGUACAAAACAAAAGGGGAAGACUUCGGUUGAUCAGUUUGGAGCACGAAUAGAUCUUUAAAUGGAUGAUUAUUGAGAUCGCCAAUUAAAUUUGGUCAAAGAUGAAGAAUUGGAUUUCAUAUGGCACUUGCAUUAAAAACUCCUACAAAGAUUUUCCCUUAAAAUUUUGUCACUGCUAUUUAUCGUACCAUGUAUUGGUUGGGGACUGAAACUAUGUUACAAUGCUGCAAACGAACAGAUCUUUAAGAUUAGUUGAACCUCUUAACUUUAACAGAUGAAAUAUCCACUUUGGCACUUCUUAAAAUGAUGCUGCCAUUGGUUCUGAAA